GGGUUCGCUCCGCACCUGCUCCGGCCAAGAUGAGCUUCAGCGGCGCGGACGCGCUGCUGGGCGCCUUCGCGCCGCUGCACGGAGGCGGCAGCCUGCACUAUGCGCUGGCUCGCAAGGGCGGCGCGGGAGGAGUGCGCUCUGCAGCCGGCUCCUCCAGCGGCUUCCACUCAUGGGCACGGACGUCCGUGAGCUCCGUGUCGGCCUCGCCAAGUCGCUUCCGCGGCGCGGGAGCCGCCUCCAGCACCGACUCGCUAGAUACGCUGAGCAACGGACCCGAGGGCUGCAUGGUGGCGGCCCGUACCGAGAAAGAGCAGCUGCAGGCGCUGAACGACCGCUUCGCGGGCUACAUCGACAAGGUGCGGCAGCUUGAGGCACAUAACCGCAGCCUAGAGGGCGAGGCGGCGGCGCUGCGGCAGCAGCAGGCGGGCCGCGCGGCCAUGGGCGAGCUGUACGAGCGCGAGGUGCGCGAGAUGCGCGGCGCCGUGCUGCGCUUGGGCGCGGCGCGCGGCCAGUUGCGCCUAGAGCAAGAGCACCUGCUGGAAGACAUCGCGCACGUGCGCCAACGACUAGAUGACGAGGCCCGGCAGCGAGAAGAGGCUGAGGCGGCAGCACGCGCACUUGCGCGCUUUGCGCAGGAGGCCGAGGCAGCGCGCGUCGAGCUGCAGAAGAAGGCGCAAGCCCUGCAGGAAGAGUGCGGCUACCUGCGGCGUCACCACCAGGAAGAGGUGGGCGAGCUGCUCGGUCAGAUCCAGGGAAGCAGCGCCGCGCAGACGCAGGCGCAGGCCGAGGCGCGGGACGCCCUCAAGUGCGACGUGACGUCGGCUUUGCGCGAGAUCCGCGCGCAGCUUGAAGGCCACGCGGUGCAGAGCACGCUGCAGUCGGAGGAGUGGUUCCGAGUGAGACUGGACCGACUGUCAGAGGCAGCCAAGGUGAACACAGACGCCAUGCGCUCAGCACAGGAAGAGAUAACUGAGUACCGGCGCCAGCUGCAGGCCAGGACCACAGAGCUAGAGGCACUCAAGAGCACCAAGGACUCUCUGGAGAGGCAGCGCUCUGAGCUGGAGGACCGUCAUCAGGCCGACAUUGCAUCCUACCAGGAAGCCAUCCAGCAGCUGGAUGCUGAGCUGAGGAACACCAAGUGGGAGAUGGCAGCCCAGCUCCGAGAGUACCAGGACCUGCUCAAUGUCAAGAUGGCUUUGGAUAUUGAAAUUGCUGCUUACAGAAAACUCCUGGAGGGCGAAGAGUGUCGAAUUGGCUUCGGCCCGAGUCCUUUCUCCCUUCCAGAAGGACUCCCUAAAAUCCCCUCCAUAUCCACUCACAUAAAAGUCAAAAGCGAAGAGAAGAUCAAGGUGGUAGAAAAGUCAGAGGAGGAAACUGUGAUUGUGGAGGAACAGACAGAGGAGGUCCAAGUGACUGAAGAAGUGACUGAAGAAGAAGAGAAAGAGGCCAAAGAAGAGGAGGCUAAGGAGGAAGAAGCAAGAGAAGAAGAAGCAAAAUCUCCCUUAGCAGAAGCCGCCGCAUCCCCAGAGAAGGAGGAGGCCAAGUCCCCAGAGAAGGAGGAGGCCAAAUCCCCAGCUGAGGCUAAGUCCCCAGUGAAGGAAGAAGUCAAGUCCCCAGAAAAGGCCAAGUCCCCUUUGAAAGAAGAAGCAAAAUCACCAGCAGAGGCCAAGUCUCCAGAAAAGGAAGAAGCCAAGUCCCCAGUGGAGGUGAAGUCCCCAGAGAAGGCCAAGUCCCCUGUGAAGGAGGAGGCCAAGUCCCCAGAGAAGGCCAAGUCCCCUGUGAAGGAGGAGGCCAAGUCCCCAGAGAAAGCCAAGUCCCCAGAGAAGGCCAAGUCCCCUGUGAAGGAGGAGGCCAAGUCCCCAGAGAAAGCCAAGUCCCCUGUGAAGGAGGAGGCCAAGUCCCCAGAGAAGGCCAAGUCCCCUGUGAAGGAGGAGGCCAAGUCCCCAGAGAAGGCCAAGUCCCCUGUGAAGGAGGAGGCCAAGUCCCCAGAGAAGGCCAAGUCCCCUGUGAAGGAGGAGGCCAAGUCCCCAGAGAAGGCCAAGUCCCCUGUGAAGGAGGAGGCCAAGUCCCCAGAGAAGGCCAAGUCCCCAGAGAAGGCCAAGUCCCCUGUGAAGGAGGAGGCCAAGUCCCCAGAGAAGGCCAAGUCCCCUGUGAAGGAGGAGGCCAAGUCCCCAGAGAAGGCCAAGUCCCCUGUGAAGGAGGAGGCCAAAUCCCCAGAGAGCAAGUCCCCAGAGAAGGCCAAGUCCCCUGUGAAGGAGGAGGCCAAGUCCCCAGAGAAGGCCAAGUCCCCUGUGAAGGAGGAGGCCAAGUCCCCAGAGAAGGCCAAGUCCCCAGAGAAGGCCAAGUCCCCUGUGAAGGAGGAGGCCAAGUCCCCAGAGAAGGCCAAAUCCCCAGAGAAGGCCAAGUCCCCUGUGAAGGAGGAGGCCAAAUCCCCAGAGAAAGUCAAGUCCCCAGUAAAAGAAGAGGCCAAGUCUCCAGCUGAAGUGAAGUCCCCAGAGAAGGCCAAGUCUCCUGAGAAGGAGGUCCCAAAGAAGGAAGAGGCAAAAUCCCCCAUGAAGGAGGAAGAGAAACCCCAGGAGGUGAAAGCUAAAGAGCCCCCAAAGAAGGCAGAGGAAGAGAAAGCUCCAGCCACACCAAAAACUGAGGAGAAGAAGGACAGCAAGAAAGAUGAGGUGCCCAAGAAGGAGGCUCCAAAACCUGAGAUCCAGGAGAAGAAGGAGCCUGCUGUGGAAAAGCCCAAAGAACCCAAAGUUGAAGCCAAGAAGGAAGAGGCUGAAGGUAAGAAAAAAGCAACCACCCCAGAGAAGGAGGCUCCUGCCAAGGGGAAGGAGGAGGCCAAACCCAAAGAGAAGACUGAGGUGUCCAAGAAGGAGCCAGAUGACACCAAGGCCAAAGAACCCAGCAAAGCAGCAGAGAAAGAGCCAGAAAAGCCAAAGAAGGAAGAGACACCAGCAGCACCUGAGAAAAAAGACACCAAGGAGGCCAAGAAGCCUGAGGAGAAACCCAAAACAGAGGCCCAAGCCAAGGAGGAGCCCAGCAAGGAGGGCAAAGCCAAGGCAGAAAAGGCUGAGAAAUCCUCUAGCACAGACCAGAAAGACAGCAGGCCUCCAGAGAAGGCCACAGAAGACAAGGCCCCCAAGGGGGAGAAGUAAGGCAAGGAGAAGGGAACAUCUAGAGCAGCCAAAGAAACUCAGGAGGGUCUGGGAGCUCACGGGUCAGUGUAACGAAUUUUCAUUUUUUCUCCCUUUGCGUUAAGAAACUCUGCUUAGGUGACGGGCCCUCCUUCACUAAACAGGAAUUUCUGUUAGCAAUAUGUUAGCAAGAGAGGGUGUUCCUAAUCCCUGGCCCCACACCCCAACCCUCCCUAGGCGACGGACAAUUAUGUUAUGAUAGCUUACGUAGCCGAAUGUGAUACUUGCCGAAUGCCACAUGUAAACACUUGAUUAUAAAAACUGCCCCCCUCCUCUCCAAAUAAGUGCAUUUAUUUCCUGUAUGUGCAAUUGACAGAUGACGCAAUAAUGAAUGAGCAGUUAGAAACACAUUAUGCUUGAGAUGUCUUAACCUAUUCCUGAAUGCCUUCUGUUUUCCAAAGGAGUGGUCAAGCCCUUGCCCAAAGCUCUCAAUCCUGGAAGAGCUGGAGCAGGUGGGGCUGGGCGCUGGCCACUGAACCACGCCAGGGCGCACUUUUCCACUGAAGUCCACUUUCAAUUGCUUAUGUGCAAUAAAACC